AUGCAAUACAAAAACACUUUAGCUAUCGCUGCCUUAGCCUCUUCUGCCAUGGCUGCCUACAAGCCAUCUGAACCAUGGUCCACUUUGACUCCAGACUCUAAAUACGCCAAUGCCAUGUCAGACUACACAGGCUCUUUCGGUAUUGCUGUUGUUCCAAUGACUGCCUCUACUGCUAAAGCUAAGAGAGAUGCUGUCUCUCAAAUCGGUGAUGGCCAAAUCCAAGCUGCUACCACCACUACCAAGACUGAAGCUCCAAAGCAAACUGCUGCUGCUGUCUCUCAAAUCGGUGAUGGUCACGGUGAUGGCCAAAUCCAAGCUACUACAAGAAAGACUACCACUUUAGACGGUAAAUCAUUCUCUGCCACUGCUACUAAAGCUGAAUCUACAACAUCUACCGCUUCUACUUCUUCCGCCCAAUCAUCAGAAGAUGCUUUCUUCGAAUCUCAAGCCUGCAAGAACAAUGGCACUUUAACUAUGACUUUAAAGAACGGUAUCUUAACCGAUGCUAAGGGCAGAGUCGGUUCUAUCGUCUCUAACAGACAAUUCCAAUUCGAUGGUCCACCACCACAAGCCGGUGCCAUCUACGCUGCUGGUUGGUCCAUCACUCCAAAGGGUAACUUGGCCAUUGGUUCCAAUGAUGUCUUCUACCAAUGUUUGUCUGGUAACUUUUAUAAUUUAUAUGAUGAAAACCAAGGGGAACAAUGUACCAAGGUCUACCUACAAGCUGUUGAAUUAGUUUCUUGUUAA